AGAGAACUAUAAAUUCAACUGUUGUUGGGAUGGCUGAAGGAGCAAUUAAAAAUCUAGUUGACCGUUGACCAACGGAAUAAUGUCCACACCACCGUUGCUGAGAUCGGUUGCCGUCGCUGUGAGCGGCGGCUCCAGCAAGGGUAGCCGGCGAGCCGUGCAGUGGGCGGUGGAUAAUCUGGUCCCUCAAGCCGACAGGUUCAUCUUAGUUCACGUCAUCCCUCCAAUCACCUCAAUUGUCACACCAACUGAAGAGUAUAUUCCUGUUUCGGAAGCAGACGCCGACAUUUUUGCAGCUUAUGUAGACGAUGUCAAGCAAAAAUCUGAACAAAUCUUCGUCCCAUUCAAGAAACUCUGCGGCUCAAACACUAUGGAAACAGUACUGCUAGAAGAUGACAAUGUGGCAGAAGCACUUAUUAGCUUUAUUUCAGAGUCCGGGGUCCAAACAUUAGUGCUGGGUUCUGACUCCUCAAAUUUUAUAACAAGGAAGCUAAAAGGACCUGGAAUACCAACUACCAGCCUAAGAUGUGCUCCAGACAGUUGUGAUGUGUAUGUUGUAGCUAGAGACAGAAUUGUUUCGAAGUUAGCCGAUCUGUCAUAUUCACAUUCUAGUGAGGCUAGUCCAAGCUACUUCAUGUCUACUAAAGUAAAUAAAGUAGAAAAUGACGCUGGCCUUGAUAGAGAAAUAUCGGGAAUCAGUUCAUCAACAACAGAGUCUAAAUUCCUAAAGAAUUUCAGAUUUUUAUCAAUAUCCGAGCAUAGCUACGUUGGUCUGCAAACAUUUAGUCGCAGGGAUUCUUUUGAAAAUUCUACCAAAAGUGAUAAUCCAGAAAACUGUGGAGAUGAUAUUGAAAUGAUUAGCCUCCACUCUUUUGAUUCCAUUGCUUCUGCACAACGUGAACAGUUAGCCGUGCAAGAAGAAGUAGAACGGCUGCAACUGGAGUUGCAAAAUACUAUCGCCAUGUACAAACAGGUUUGUGAAGAGCUGGUUGAAGCUCAACACCAGGCCCUUAUACUUUCUUCUGAAUCUCUUGAAGAAACUAAAAGAGUGAAUGCUUCCCUAAAAAGAGAGGAGGUUUUGAGAAAGAUUGCUUCUGAAGAGAAAACUAAGUAUUUAAAAGUCAUGAAGGAACUUGAGGAGGCAAAAAAUAAGUUUUCCAAAGAGUCAUAUGAAAGACAGAUGGCUGAACUUGAUGUCCUUAAAGAAUCAAUAGAGAAACAGAGAAUUGUUGAUACAUUACUCUCAAAUGACAGGAGAUACAGAAAGUACACCAUGGACGACAUCAAGAUAGCCACAAAAUUCUUUUCUGAGGACUUGAUGAUUGGUGAAGGAGGAUAUGGGAAAGUUUACAAGUGUUAUCUUGAUCACACACCAGUAGCUGUAAAGGUUCUGCAUCAGGAUGCAAUCAACAAGAAAGAGGAGUUUCUAAAAGAGGUUGAGAUUCUUAGUCAACUGCAUCAUCCUAAUAUGGUUUUGUUACUUGGAGCCUGUCCUGAGAAUGGUUGCCUAGUUUAUGAAUACCUGGAAAAUGGAAGUCUAGAAGACUAUCUUCUCAACAAAAAUAGAAAACCAUCACUUCCAUGGUUUUUUCGAUUUCGCAUAGUUUUUGAAAUGGCUUGUGGGCUUUCAUUCUUGCAUAAUUCGAAGCCAGAACCGAUUGUCCACCGAGAUAUAAAACCUGGCAACAUUUUGUUAGACAGAAAUUAUGUGAGCAAAAUUGCUGAUGUUGGGCUGGCUAAACUCCUUGCAGAAGUUUCUCCUGACAAUAUUACAGAGUACCGAGAAUCAGUCCUUGCCGGUACUCUGCAUUACAUGGACCCAGAAUAUCAGAGAACCGGCACUGUCCGACCAAAAUCAGAUGUAUAUGCAUUUGGAGUUAUAACUCUCCAAUUAAUAACUGGUCGCCAAGCACGUGGACUCAUUAUGAUUGUUGAAGAUGCAAUUAGAAAUGGCUCCUUCCGUGACAUUUUAGAUACAUCAGCUGGAGAUUGGCCAUUGGAUGAGACGAUGGAAUUGGCUCAAGUUGCCCUUAAAUGCACAGCACUUAGAUGCAGAGAUAGACCAGAACUUGAUACUGAAAUUCUUCCACUACUCGAAAGAUUUUCUAAUGCGGCAAAUGCCAGUGCAAGGAUAGGAAGAAAUAGUGUAAGUGCACCAAGCCAGUAUUAUUGUCCAAUUCUUCAGGAAAUCAUGGAUGAUCCAUAUAUUGCUGCGGAUGGGUUCACUUAUGAGUACAGAGCAAUCAAGGCAUGGCUCAGCAGACACAAUGUGUCACCCAUGACAAAGCUUAAACUUCAGCAUUCUGUGUUGACUCCGAACCAUACUCUACGUUCUGCCAUUCAGGAGUGGAAGUCAGGAGUCACCUUUUGAUUAGUAAUCACCAAGCAAUGAAGAUCCUACAGGAUACCGUUGAUCUCAAUCCAACCCACUUUUACUGCAGCUUAAAACUGUCAGAAUUUGAAUUUCCAAGAAGUUUGUAAGAUGGGAUCAGAUAGAGAGAAAAAUAUUGUAAAAGGUACAUAUGAAAAGUAUAUACUCUAGGAGAAUUUAGCUGCACGUGCUACUAAACGGCUAAUUGUUUUUUAUUUUUCAUUUAACCCUGUAUAUAAACUUUCUAUAGCCAUUGUGUUUAGCCCAAACAUAAAAUGUUAGCUGCUCGUGCAGACUUUCUUAUACGGACAUGUUGGACGAGAAUGAAAAUUUGUUGCUCACGAAAUAUUUACAUAUUCAGUGAGACGUUGUUUCA